GCCAAGAGAAAUCACACUAACCGGACUGUGGGGAAAGUCACAGGCAUGGGCUUUUUAAAAAUGUUCUUUCACUUCCAUCAAAUCUAACAAAAAGCUUUUAAUUGCUACCAGCAAAAGCUGACAAACUGUUGUGUAUAGAAGAGCACUGCAGACUUCUUUGGUUUUCAGCCUCUGGUUUUACCCGCACUCCUGUUGGGAUACAAAACACACAGAGAAAAUGGCAAAAUUUGAGGGGGAAGGACUGCCCCCCAAAAUGCAGGAGAACCAAGGUGAAGAGGAGCUCAAAGAAGAUAUUGAUGAAUCCUAAGCCAAGCAGGAUGCAAGAUGUUGCAAGUUUAGAGGAAAAGCUAAAUGAAGGUUCACAAAUGUGUACAACACCUCAUUGAAAGACUACAAAGACUUCACCAUGACCAACAAUUAUUGAAAGGAGAUGGAUGAAAUAGAAGAUUGAGAGAUACGUUAGACUGAGAAAGAAAAUGAAGGGGAAGAGUGGGGAUGCAUUAGAAAUACAAAUACUCACCACACUGUCCUGGCUGUCUGGCUAACUGUCCAAAGAAUGUGAGAGAUGUGACCAACCGUCCACUCACUGAGUUCAUGGCUCCCUGUAUUGACUCCCUCCCACCGCUGGCUUUCACCAAUCGGAGGCCUAUACCAACCAUGUUAUAUCCCCCCUCUCCAUUGGCCAUACGCGCUCAGGAUGCACAGCGGUUCAUUGUAUUUUCAUACUUUGUCCCUGCUGAGUGCCCAGUUGCCACAGAGGCCACAGCAGAUGUAUCUACUGGUAAAAGAGAGGACUUAUUGACAGAUACACAUCUUUCCUCAAUGCUGCAUCGAUACCUGCCACACUUCUUGAAUGAUGACUCCAUUCCACCACAGCAGACAGUAGAGGGAACCACUGAGCUCUCAGUUGCUCCAGUGGCAAUAUCUAAUAUAAAGGAAGAGGACAGAUUCUAUCCUUUCUCCCUCCCACCACUUGCUCAGCGGUUCGUUGGCAAUUCAUUCAGAAGUCUUCCUUCAGUGCUGCCUCCAUGCCUGCCACCAAUCUUUGACGAUGACUUCAUGCCUCCAGAGCAGACAGUAGAGGAUGCCUAUGAGGUCUCAGGUGCUACAGAGAACACUUCAGGCACAGCUACUGGUGAUGGAGUGGACAGAUCAACAGCUAAAUGCCCUGUCCCAAUGCUGCCUCCAAGUCUGCCACCUGUCUUUGACAAUGACUACAAACUGCCAGAGGAGGCAGUAGAGGGAACCAACAAGUGUCCAGUCGCCAGUGAAUCUGCCGCUUCCGUGUCCGCUGUCCUCCAAGAGGAGUUUUCAGCUGAUAAGAGUCUUCCUGCACCCGCAGCACUGCCUCUAAGGCUGCCCUGCACCCACAGCAUUGACCACAAACAGCUAUGGGAGAAAGUUGAGGACAACACAGAGUUCUCAGUAGACAAAGAAGCAACUGUUGCCAUUUACACUUGGGAAGAUAAAAGUCCUUCAGUUCUGCCAUGCAUCCACAACAACAACGACCACCAACUACCAGAGGAGACAGUUGAGGACAACACAGAGUGCUCAGUUGACACCGAGGCAAGUGCAGUUGCAUCCACUGUCAAGAGAGAGGAACUGACAGGUGAUAAAAGCCCUGUCCGAGCAAUCCAUGACAAGGACCACAAGGAGCCAGAGCAGAAAGUGAAGGGCCCUAGUGAAGAGGUGGAUCUCUGCCCUCACACUCACCAGCUGGACCCAGAUGUUAACUUAACUCUGGCAACCCGCAAUGAUGAACCCAGGACCUGGACCCUGGAAGAGGCAAAGGAUUAUUGGAUAGGCCUUGAAAUUGAGAGUGAAGAGAGGAGCGUCACUGAGGAGGUGAGCCCGAGGGAGGGAUUGAAGCGUGGGGCGGACUGUGCCCAUUCCAAGAGCUCCAAUGGGAUGGCUUCAUCAGAGAGAGCAGAGACCAUCCUUGGAAGAGUGGGCUUUCUGGUCAUGAACCACAUGCAGAAAAUCCCAUUUUUGAAGAUGAAGGAAAAAGAGAAAAAUAAGAAUCUACAUAAGAAGUUGAAAGAUGACGAGAAAGAGAGAAAGGAGAAGAAAAACAAGGAGGAGGAGAACAAAAAGAGGGAGAAGAAAGAGAUGAAUGAGAGAGAGAAAGAGCAGAAGAAAGUCAUGAAGGCUGAGAAAAAGAGGGAGAAGUUAGAACAGAAAAAGAGAGAGAAGGAAAGAAAAGAGAAGGAAAAGGCAGAGAAAAAGAGGUUAGAGGGGCUGAUGAAGAUACAUAAUGACAUGAUGAAAGACAGGAUUAAGAAAGAGAAGAAGUGUUCUGAGGAGCUGAAAAAGAGAGAGAAAGCUCAAGCUGAGUUCUUGGAGAUGGAGAGAAAGAUUCAAGAAAAGGAGGAGAAGAAGAGAGAAAAGAGGAGGAAAGAGGAGAGGAAGAGACUAGAGAAGAAGAAAAAGAGGGAGCCAGCUGGAGGUGGAACUGAGAGGGUGAUAGAAGAGCAGGGAAAGGAUGAAAGCUUGAAGAUGGAUGAGUAGACUGGGUAUUAGAGAGAGAGAGAGCAGGGUGGGAUACUGUAUUUUUGCAUGCAAU